AUGACCUGUCCAAACCUGCCCGCAGAUCAAAAAGGAUACCACCGGCUUGCGACUCUUAUGACCAGAGAUGAAAGCCUUGCCAUCUUUCGGAAAUACGAUUUUGCAAACGCCAUUAGUCUGCUAAGCCUGCAAGCCGAAGUUCAAGAACUCGAGGCCGAGUUUCUAGAUCAAUGCCGACGCGACAAAGCGACGGACAGACCGUUCUCCAAUUCCUUCAAGACGCUGAGGGAGGAUGGGAAUGGCGGAAGUGAGCAGAACCAGAAACUGCAGGCUCUUCGGAAAGGGGUGGGACAGUAUAUGUCACGCCUCAGUGAACUGCACCCUCCAGCUCCCUCACAACUCGGAGCACUUCGCGACUGGCUGAUGGAUGAGCGUGGGGGAGCAAACUUCCUCCUUAGGAGUGAAUCUCGACUGUGGGAAGUUGAAGAAGGCUCGAGAUUUGUCCAAAUUGGCCGGUCCCGUGGCGAGCGGGACAAAUUCACCAAAUUCACCUCCUGGGUAUUGAUCUCUGUGCUCCACAAAUACUUUGGGCUCUGGCGAACUGCUGGCCGCCCGGUGGACGCUGAAGCCGGCAUGAUCUCUUACGAUGAAUCGAAACUCCUGAAGGCGGGCACCCUGAUCGCGACCGUCUUGUCCUCCAUCAUCCCUGUCCUUUCGAUUUAUGCGCUAUUUGUGGUCAAGAAUCCCUAUGCCCGCAUUGGAAUUGCUGCAGGCUUCACCGCACUAUUCGCGGGCCUGCUGGCAGCCUUCAGCUCGGCCAGGAGGAUUGAGAUCUUUGCGGCCACUGCUACGUAA